GGCGGUACGGCGGGGGCAGCGCCGGUAACGGACGCAGGAGCAACAAUGGAUUGGCCCCAACAAAGAUCUAGCAGGUGUUGGGAGAAGACAUGCCACCUGAAAUGGAGGUGAUCUAGGGAGCCAAACAUUGAAUAUACCACCAUGGGGUUGCAGCUGCUGGCCUGUCUUUUUCAUUUGCCCACUGCAGUGAUCUACGGGUCCCUGUCGCUGUUUGUUUCCAUUUUGCACAACGUAUUCCUCCUGUACUACGUGGACACCUUUGUCUCAGUUUACAAGAUUGAUAAACUGUCCUUUUGGAUAGGAGAGACUGUGUUUCUGAUCUGGAAUAGCCUCAAUGAUCCUCUGUUUGGCUGGCUGAGUGACCGAGUCUUCCUUAGCACACAGCAGCCAGGAACAGAGAUCUCCUCCCCAGAAGUAGUUCUGAAGAGACUCAAGGCGCUAAGCCACAAUGGGCCCCUCUUUGCCAUCUCUUUCCUCGCAUUCUGGGUUGCCUGGGCUCAUCCUGGUUUGCAGUUCCUUCUCUGCCUUUGCCUCUACGACAGCUUUCUCACCAUGGUGGACCUCCAUCACAACGCCUUGCUUGCAGACCUGGCUGUUUCAGCAAAGGACAGGACUAGCCUCAAUUUCUAUUGCGCCCUCUUCAGUGCCGUAGGUUCUCUCUCUGUCUUCAUGUCCUAUGCAGUGUGGAACAAAGAAGACUUCUUUUCCUUUCGCAUAUUUUGUGUGGUGCUGGCUCUCUGCUCCAUCAUUGGUUUUACCCUGUCAACACAGCUGCUCCGCCAGCGGUUUGAAGCUGAUGGAAAAGCAAAAUGGGACCAGGAAUCAACACUGAAGGAGCUGUACAUUGAGAAACUCUCUGUCCCCCAGGAGAAGAGGAUCACCCUGGCAGAGUAUCUCCAGCAGCUUUCCCGACAUCGCAACUUCCUCUGGUUUGUCUGCAUGAACCUAGUCCAGGUUUUUCACUGCCACUUUAACAGCAACUUCUUCCCCCUCUUUCUGGAACACCUGCUGUCAGACCAGAUCUCUGUCUCUACUGGAUCCUUCCUGCUAGGUGUUUCCUAUAUUGCCCCUCACCUCAACAACCUCUACUUCCUGUCCCUCUGCCGCCGUUGUGGGGUUUAUGCUGUGGUGCGAGGACUCUUCUUCCUGAAGUUGGCUCUCAGCGUUGCCAUGCUCCUUGCGGGACCCGAUCAGGUGUAUCUGCUGUGCAUCUUCAUUGCCAGUAACAGAGUGUUCACAGAGGGGACCUGUAAGCUGCUGAACCUGGUGGUCACCGACUUGGUGGACGAGGAUCUAGUCCUGAACCGUAGGAAGCAGGCGGCCUCAGCACUGCUGUUUGGGAUGGUAGCUCUGGUCACCAAACCGGGCCAGACCUUUGCCCCUCUGAUCGGCACCUGGCUGCUCUGCGCAUACACAGGCUACGACAUUUUCCAGCGCGACCCCUUGAGCAACGUGGUGAGCGCCCAGCCGAAGCUGGAGUCUGAUGCAGCCUGGGAGCCAACUCUUCGCCAGGGCUGUUUUUACCUCCUUGUCUUCGUACCCAUCACGUGUGCGUUGCUGCAGCUCCUCAGCUGGUCUCAGUUCAGCUUGCACGGGAAGCGCCUGCAGAUGGUGAAGGCUCAGCGCCAAAGUCUGACACAAGGCCGAGCUCCAGAGGUGAAAAUGAUUUAAGGAUGGGUGAGCCCGUGGUGGUGUUCCCAUUCCCUGGCUCCAGGCUGAUGCAGGACCGCAGACUGGGCAAAGGGGUCACUGGCCGAGAAACCCAUGUGUUUACGAUUCAGCUGUGAAAUGCCGUAAUGCCAACAUUUAUGCCAACAUUCCAGGAGGUGGUCACCGGGGAAGGCUGAGCAGUGUUCACCGUGGGGUGGGGUGGGGAGAGGUGGUUGUGCCCUCAGGAGCAAGAAUGUUUUAUCUUUAGCUAGUCUCCAGUCCCGAGGAACAGAGCAGUUAAUCCUGGAGCAGGAGGCACUAGGUUGCAAUGUGUGUUGGAGAGCCACAUCCUGCGCUCUGCCCUGGGAAUGGUCCUGGGGAGCUGUAGCUUCUCUGGCUGAGCGCAAGUCCUUCCUUGCUAGAACCCUGCAGCUUCAGGGAGCGGAGUGGGAGGCUCAUGAGGAACCAGGUGACCAAGGUGUGAUUUCAGGACAGCAGGAGGAGCAGAGAUGGGAGCAUGCUGAAGGCCUUUCCCCAGAGCUAGUAUAACCCCUGCCACACAAAAUGCUGGACCAAGUUUGCUCUGAGGCUUUUGUUGUUCUCAGGACAACAUCCUCUACAGCCAGGGUCCUCUGGCUGUUCUUGUUCUGUGCUGAGGCUUCCCCUUAGGUGGCCUCACAGAAAGAGUUGUCACUGGCCUGGGAAGUGAAGUGGGUUUGAACUGGGCUCAGAGCCUGGAGCCAGAAGACCUCGUCUGGCAUCCUCUUGCCUGCAUUUACCCCUGAUAUCCCCUUCCAGUCACUACUGCCACGUCUGUGCCAUGAGCAUGCUCCCACAGUGGCUGGGGCGGUAGGGUCAAGGUCUGCAAACCAACCUGUAACUGAGUGGAUGGAAGGGUGCGUCUGCCCCAGAGAGAGGUUGGCAGGGUCAUCCCAGUACCAGAGCAAGGCAGCCUAAUGCCUUC